AUGGAGCUCUACGAGUAUUUCUAUCCGGAUGAGUUCAGGCCUCAACCGGCUGCGUCGGAAUCAUCGGAUUCGGGUAUCGGCGCCGUCAGCAACAGUCCAUUGGGUUGGGACGUCGACUUCAGCACACCGCCGACGCCGCCCGAAAAGCCGAGAAUGCCCGAGUGCGACGUGUGCGCCUCGCCGACGGCCAACACCAUGCAUUUCGGCGGCCGAUCGUGCAAGGCGUGCGCCGCAUUCUUCCGUCGAAGCGUGGCGAUGUCGAUGACCUAUGAGUGCAUCGGACCCGCCGACGACCGAUACCAGUGCAAAAUCCAUUUCGAACUUCGCAUGUUGUGCCGUCAUUGCCGAUUUUUGAAGUGCGUUUCGGCGGGAAUGAAGCGAGAAUUGGUUCAAGCGCGAAAAGAGGACACGCGAAUCUCGAAACGCAAAUCGCGAGGUCUCGUGCAGAAUUUCAAUGUCAACAAAAAUGAGAUGACGACGACGACGACAUACGAGGAGUACGUUAGCGUCUAUUCGGCGGCGCCCGAAUCGGUGACGCCGAGAAGUGAGCCCGAAAUGGAGACGUACCAAAUCGUCAAAGAUCCCACCAACGAGAUGGGCAUCAAUUCGGUGAUCUCGCUAUCGCCGCCGCCAUCCACAAUGAACAUGGUCCAUUAUAUCAAGCCGUGCCCAUCAUCGUCGACAUCCUCAAUGAUCUACGAUCCGAAUCAAGCGAGUACGAGUCAUGCCUACUAUCCGACGCAUACGGUAUAUGAUAUUCCGGCGCCGAAUUACCUUGACGAUCGAAUCGUCGCCCUAAUGGAUCAUUAUAUCAAAUCGGAGACGGCGCUGAAUGAUCGCCGACGGAUCAUGUACACCGACACGCAAAUCAGAGACGUGUUCGACGGCGCUUGCGUUUGUCCAUACGAGCGGCGACAUUUGAAGCAGUUCGACUAUAAGACGUUCACCGGAUUCGUUCGUCAGGACUUUAUAAUGGUUCUCGAUUUCGUCAACGAGUUUCCCGAGUUUCAUCGGCUCACGAAAAAUGAGAAGAACAUGUUCUACCGGAUGGCGUUCGCUGUCGAUUCGAUGAUCUCAUCGGCGUAUUACACAUCGAAAGUCGGCAUUCAGGAGAACCUGCUCGUGUUGUUCAACGCGCAUUGUAUUCGAAUGGAGCCGAGGCCGUUGAGCGGCGAGGAGCCGAACGCGCGCGCUCAAUUCGACAACGACAACGACUUUCUGAAGUAUAAAACGCUGAUGCCGGUGAAAAUCAAGCAAUAUUUCGAGAUGGCGGUGCCGUUCGCGAGACUCGAAGCGAGUUUCGAGGAGUUCGUUCUACUCAAAGCGCUAACUAUAUGGCACAUCAGCCAUUAUAAGUUGCUCGAUGAGGGACGAGCGAUAUGCGCGAGGCAGCGCGACGCCAUCAUUGCGGCGCUUCAUCGAGUUGUUGAGGAUCGAGGUGAUGAGGAUCCGGCGACUCGCGUCGGACAACUACUAUUGAGCAUGAGCUAUAUUAUGGAGCAAGUUCAAGCGAUGACGAGCUCAUACGUGAUGAUCUCAUUCUUCGACGUGCUCGACUGCGACAGCCUCCUACACGAUUUGUGCUCAUUCAAGUACUAG